AUGAUCGAUGGAGCCCGCGAGCCGUUCUACCAACUUUCGACGAUAACGGUCGAAGCUGCGGAGAUUACGAUCAAGGAGCUGCCGAUCCAUGCUACAAGCACAACUUCUGCAAUCACUGUUGCGUCGAUGAGUUCGCCCUUGGACAUGCCGUUGAGGAGCAUGCUGGCAGAAGCAGAUAUUGAGGGCAAGCGCAAGGGCCAGGACGACGGCGGUGACGGCCUGGCAGCCUCGAUUUUUGAAGAGGAUGACACAGGCGCAGACACAGGCAUGCCCGUGGACAUGGAAACCCCUUGUGCAAAGAGGAGUGCUGCAAGCUUGUUCGAGAAUAGCGACAGUGACGCUCAUGAUGAUGCAGAUGCACAGAUCGGAGACGGAGAGUGCGAAUUGGAGAUCGAGGGCCAAGAGAUCAUGCACGGAAUUGAAGAGAGAAGGGAAGGAAAGGGCCAAGGCCGGGGCACCGGCAAGGGCAAUAGCAAUCCUGCAACUGCUCGGUGGGCUCGCUGGGGUCGCGCAAAGCAACUGGGGCCUGCGGCUCCACCGUUGUCAGAGUCUGCCGGUGCUACUCAGAUAGGCUCAGCUCUCGCAGGGCAGCUUUCCAAUGUAACCAAAGUAGGUGCAGAGCUGGUUCGCGCUGGCUUGGUAUCGGCUUCACAAUGUAUCGCUGGCCUGCAGCGAGCUGUCAAUGUCGGGCCGCUUGCACAGCUUCUAGGUGAAUCACGAUUUUGUGUUCAUGAAGGGUCAGACCCGCAAUGCUCCGGCAGCAUCCCAACCCAGGGCCAGGAUUUGGACCAAGUGAAUGAAAGCUACAGCCUCGUAGGUGACCCAAGUGCAGAUUCGCAGGCAACCAGGCCCGGUGUGCGUGAAUGUGAAUUGCCAGCAUCUGCACGCACACCCGUGCAUUUGCCGGUUUCAUCAAAAGAAGUGGAGGUGUAUCCUUGCAAGUUGUUCUUGACGCAGCAGCGCUUUUCCAUGCUGCUGACUCGCAAGGGCGCAGGGCAGCCUGCAGCAAAGGCGCAGGCGACAGAGAUCAUAGAGGACCCUUCUGAAUCAACUUCUAAGUCUUCUAAGUUUAAGACUGAGAAUGCACAGGAGGCCCCGAACACUUUGCAGAUCGAAGCCCAUCUCACCAGCCCCCUGCAAGUGCUGCAUACAAACUCUGCUGCAAACAUCGCAUCAGCGCUUCAGAAGAACAUGCAUUCCGAAGUUGUGGAUCAGGCAAGGUCAUUUGACCGGGUUCUUCAUGUCGUCACUACAGAUGAUUAUGCUGCCAACCAUCUGGCUGAAAAGAUGCUGACACAGCAGGAGAUGUGUGAACUCCAUGGUGAUGUCAGUGAAGACGACCCAGCGAGGAGUGAUGACAAGGCGGGCAAACUGCACUUAAUUUGCGAGGUCCAUCGCCUCCAUGGUGUAGCGGCAAGCAUGUACAGUUUGUGUCCGGAUUUCAUAUCCGGUUUGAUCAAAGCCUCCCUGGUGUUGCGAUCCGGACAUAUGAGCAGUUUGAGACGUUGCCUGCGUGCGCUGAUCGUUGCCAAGCUGCGUGUGUACCAAUGCGAGCCGCCCGAAAAUGUUGUUGCUGGGCCUAGCAUUCCAGCAAGCAAGGCAUUUUUUAUGAACACCUUUUUCAGCAACCUGGCAUCCGCCGAUGCACUGCUUCUUCAAGAACUCUUCAAUGGUGACUGGGGAGAAACCAUGCAAAGGUUCUUGCGAGAAGGUGUCAGGCUCCUUGCGGGAGCAGCUCCAUCCAUAUUCCCCCGCCAUAAAUGGAUAGGAAGUGACGCAGCAAUUGAUUGGUACGGUCGGCUACAGUGUGUUCACGGUUUGUUGACACAGGUGUUUGAGGAUGUUUUCGGCCCUAGUCCGGGUCCCAGUCGGCCAAACAAACCGACAGCCUCAGAUCCGGCGCAGUCACAGUCUUCACAUGCUCAGGCUCAGUCCCGCGCUCAGACACGACCCAGUGACGCUAUGGACACGGAUGAUGUAGAAGCUCAAGCACAGGACGACCGUGGUCAACUCUUAGCUUUGCAGGUUUUCGAGACCUGCGGCUUCGCAGCAGCUGAUUCCGGAGACCGGCAAGACGACCAAUGGAAGGCCAUAGCCAAGAAAUGGCGUGAUGCUGCGUAUGCUUGGGCAUGCGGCCAUCCUGACGGCCCGCUUGCUUUGCUUGCUGAAAUGGUAUUCCUGCGGACUGUGCUUGGGCCUCAAGUCAACCUCAUGGCAAAGCAGCUGAAGCUUUCGUCUAGUGAGUUUGACCAACAGCAGGCCCUGGCGGAGCUUACAACGGGUCUGCGCAAGUACCGCCUCACUGAAGUGCAUGCCGAUUCGGCCAGUGCUGAAGCUGAGGUUGCCUUGGCCAAGUUGUUCCAAAAAUCACACUGGGAAUCCUUGCCUUUUGUGUUCUUGACUCAGCGAAAUAACAGCUUCGCAUUCAAACUUACUGCAAGGGUCCUUGCCGCCUUGAAAGUUUAUAUCCGCAAUCGCAGAUCUGGGUACCCGUACAAGCUUUUUCUCCUUGCGACGGCACAGGCCACAGAGGCGGAACGCGUGGCCAAGGAAAUUGUUUUUGAUUUUUUCUACGAGCCAUGUCGGUUAGAUUCCUUCACAUGGUGGUUUGUCAAGGGUUUUCGCUCGGCAGAGCGGCUGGCCAGUGCAGAGGCCCGCGCUCACCUGCAAGCCAUUGCAAAGGUUGCAAGUGUUGAUAUUGCAGCCACGGAGUGCCAGCAUGCCAGCAAUCGGCGGCACAUAGAGUCCAAAAGCAUCCAGAGUCACAGGCAACUCUUGGCAGCAGCUAGCGCAGCCUAUGUUGCCAGGACUCUUCGACACACCUGUGCUCCCAGUCGAGGAUUUCAGAGUUCGAAGCCUGUCCCAAGAAAGCCUGGUCGAAAGCCGCGGACAAAACCUGAUUUUCGCAGUGUCCACUUCCCUAGGGCUCAGGAUUUGCGUCGGGGCGGGGGCUCCUGGAAUGUUUUCCUGUCACAAAAUCGGGGUGGCCCCCAGGUCACCACACCUGCAGGCAAGCAUUCCAAGGCCCAGCUUAGGAAGAGAUACCACGACUUGAAAAGGCAAGCGGGGUCUGACUGGCAAGAGUUGCAGCGGUUGGGUAGCUUGAAAACACAAGCCAGGAAAUUUGCGAAGAAAGGUUCUGGGCCGUUGAUACCCCGCAAGCGCAAGGCAACAGACGCCUUGCCACCUGUCGCGGAACAUGGUAGCUUGCUCAACACCAAACACCUUCGAUUGCAGCAGCGAAGGCUUGCUGUGAAGCAGGAUCGGGAGAAGCAGCAAGCUGUUCGAGACUCGGCAUGCAGACUGCAAGAUUCUUUGUCCCACGCAGAUGUGAGUGCUUCAGAGCAAGCUGUGCUGAACUUCAGUGGCAUCACCGCACAGGAGCUGUGCCGGGAUGCAGAUUCGAGCCGCCCUGUCUCUUCGUGUCCGCCUCAGCUCGAGCUGAUCGAGCCCGGGUCUGUAGCAGCGCUCCCUGUCAGUGUGAAUCAAUCUGCCCCUGCAAAGCUUGAAUCGAUCUCCACAGCUGCUUCCAUGGAUGCCAUGGCCAUGGAAUCCAUGGAAGCUGCAGCCAGAGCUGCAGCCGAGACAACUAUGACGAUGGCCAUGAACCCUGCUUCCGUGUGGGCUUUGCGACCGGAUGUGGCCAACAGUCGAACCGGCUUGUGCUUAGACACAUCAGCAACAGCCAUGCAUGCUGCUCCUUUCUUUCUGGCACAGAUUUCUCAAGGCGAGCCUUCCUUCCUGCGUGGAAUGACGAAUUUUCAGAACUUGGAUCUUGCAUGGCACCAGAGACACGAGGUCGUGUCCACUGCCAGUGGUGUAGCCGAGGGUGAGAAACCCGAUCAGCCCGCGCGGGCUUGCGCUGAAGUUCUCCCUUCAAUCAAGGAUGAUCAGCACGAACAGCAAGAAGAAGACGUGGACCCUCAAUCUCAGGACCGGGUUCCGGCAGCCAAAAGAACGAAGACACUCAAAGUGAGCAAGAGCAAGUUGCGCAACACAAUGCGCGGCAUUUUGAGCGUGCAUGCAGUCAGCAAGGAUGUGCUCAAAGAUGGAUGUUUAUUCCUUCGUUUCUCAUCUUGCUCACCAGAGCAAUCCCGGCAAUCUCUGCGUGCCGGCCCCACGUGUUAUGAUCGCUAUCAGAUGCCCGUGCCCCUAUACCUCAAGUUGAUCCUGGCCUUGUCUUGGUUCAAGUGCAUCGCGACCUGCCUGCAGCAUGCUUCUGGAGGGGCUCCCAAUUGGAGCAUGCUCCUAGAAGGGGCCAAGGCGGGGGUGGGGGAGGUGGUCCUCGUGGUCCAGGCCCAGGUUCAAGUGGUGGCUCUGCAGCAGUCAAUGCUGGAGCAGGAGGAGCGUCAAGGCAACAGCGAAAGCGAGGGGUCAGAUGACACAGCUGGGAAAUUCGCUGAAUUCUUUGCCAGCAGAGCACGUAGACGUGCAAAUGCAGCUGGUGAGGACGAAGUUGCUGCUGAAUCUGUGGGGUCUCAGGACUCAGAUGAGCACUGGGGACAGGAGGAUGCUGAUGAGAGAAUCGGAGCCUCGCUUCUUGCAGAAGAUCCAAAUCUUCAACCUGGCACGCUUGAUCUUCCAUUUGGACAUUCAGUUGAAACUACAGCUGCAGCUACAGCUAUGGCUAUGGCAGCGAGGGCUUCGGGUGCCGAGCCGUCCGGCUCUGCUACAGUCAGAGAUGCAGCGGCGGAGAGUUUCGCAGAAGCUUUGAUGUCAGCCAUGGCAUUUGAAGACGAGUUUGAAGCGGAAUUGCGGGGUGGAGGUGCAAUCGGUGCAAUGUCUGAGUCAGGGGACGAAAACAGAAACGUCCCCACACCACCCGCGCCCCUUUCUGUGCAUCCGCCAGCUACCCCGCCCGUGCGGGACCCAAGCGAUGAACUUGGCCGUGGCCAUGACCGCCCUGCCUCUGACAGUGCUGUCCCAUCUGCCCCAAGCCGCGCCCCGCCAGUGCGGGGCUCAAGUGCCAGGACUGCAGCGCUGCCGGCAGGGCCACGGCUUGUGCAUGAUGGUUUGGCCAUCAGAAACGACGAUGGCAGCAUUCUCGCUUGGAUCAAGCACAAACCGCAAAGUAAUGAUUUCUUUGUAAACUGUUCCUUGCACGAAAAUUGCACCAAGACUAAGACGCUCAGAAGCUCUCAAAGACAUGGCAGGAGGUUGCAAGGACGUCCGCUCGGUUUCCUGGCUGCGUGGGCCGUGCAGGGACAUGCAUGUCUUUCCAAGGAAGCGCAUUCCUUGGUUGUGCCUUCAUUUCUCGACCGCAAGAAUGCUCGUGCGAGGCUGCGUCAGGAAGCAAAUGCGUCUGAGUUCUUUGUCAAGGAACGAGACCGUCGUUCAGACGAGCCCGACAGCGAGCCGGACCACUGCCCUUAG